AGCAAUAGAAAAAUAGUUUCUUGUGUACUAAACUAAACAUCAGUCACUUCAUCAAAAAAACUAAACAUCAGUCAAAAGUUUCCCCACAAAUCAAAGCCAUGGUACAAAAAUGCUAAAGAGAUAAAACAAUGAAUUUCAACUUGCCUGGAUUACAAACAAUUGCUUGCAAAAGCUAAUCUUCAAGAGAAAAUAAAAACAUUGAAAUGAAAUGGCAGAAACUGCAGCGUUAUCUGCUUUCCAAGCACUCUGUAACUUUGUAGUAGAAGAAGGAUGCAGACACAUAGUAGAAAAUGGAACUUUACUGACAGGGUUUAAGAAAGACUUCAUUGACAUCAAAGAUGACCUUGAGAGCAUCCAAGCCUUCCUCAAGGAUGCUGACACAAAGGCCGCUGCCGAUGGAGGAGGAGGAGGAGCCAACGAAGGAGUCCGAGCAUGGGUGAAGCAGGUAAGAGAAGUAUCUUUUCGCAUAGAAGAUGUAGUUGACGAGUAUGAGUAUAGCAAGUAUGCGCCACAAUGGGCCGACGAUUCGGGAAUCAUAGAGUUUCUCCAAACGAUUCCUGCCUUGAUCAAAACCAACUAUGCAGAAUACCAGAUUGCUUCAAAGAUUAAAGACAUCAAGGAAUCACUUGGUAAAAUCAAAGAAAAAAGUGACAUGUUUAAGUUUCAUUCUGAAAGUGGAUCAGAAAGCUACCGAGGGACUACAACUCCUAGAAUUGGUGACCCUCGAAUGGCUCUUUAUUUCCCUGAAGAGACUCAAGUUGUGGGGUUUGAGGAUCCAACAGAUGAAUUGGUAAGUGGUUUGGUUGGGGGAACCAAUGAGCGGAUGUUGAUUACUGUGGUAGGCAUGGGAGGACUCGGAAAAACAACUCUUGCUAAGCAUGUUUUUAAUAACCAGUUGGUGAAAGACCAAUUUAAUUAUCGCUCUUUCAUAACAGUUUCUCAAUCAUACACUAUAAGGGAAUUGUUGACAGAAAUGAUAAAGAAGUUUUGCAAGGACAACGAUGAACGUAUUCCAAAGGGUUUGCUCAAGAUGGAUGACGAAGCAUUCAUUAAUCAAGUGAGACGAUACCUUGAAUCAAGGAGGUACUUGGUGUUUUUUGAUGAUGUUUGGGAAGAAAAAUUUUCUGAUGAGAUUGCGCAUGCCUUAAUUAGCAAUAACACAGGAAGUAGAAUCAUCGUGACCACAAGAAACAUGCAAGUAGCAAAAAGUUUUAAGAAAUAUUUUUCUGUUCAUAUUCUCGAGCUACAGCUUUUGAAACCAGACAAAGCAUGGGAACUUUUUUGCAACAAGGCGUUUAGAGGACAAUGUCCAAUAGAACUUGAGGAGAUGUCCAAUGAAAUUGUUAAAAAAUGUGGAGAACUACCACUGGCAAUUGUGGCCAUUGGAGGUCUUUUGUCAACAAAAGAUAAAACCAUGUUUGAGUGGAGAAAGGUGAGUCAAAAUCUAAGGAUGGAGUUAGAGCACAAUGUGCACUUGAAUAGUCUAACAAAGAUUUUAUCUCUUAGUUAUGAUGAUUUGCCUUACCAUUUGAAAUCAUGCAUGCUAUAUUUUGGUAUAUAUCCUGAGGACUACUCCAUCAAUCGGAAGAGACUUACUCGGCAAUGGAUGGCAGAAGGGUUUGUUAAGAAUGAGGAGAUAAGACCAUUGGAGGAAGUUGCAGAAGAGUACCUGACAGAGUUGAUACAAAGAAGUUUGGUUAAUGUUUCCAGAGUCGGCUUUGAUGGGAAGAUCAAAAAAUUUCAAGUUCAUGAUUUGUUGCGUGAAGUGAUCCUUAGAAAAAUGAAAGAUUUAAGUUUCUGUUAUCUAAUGCAUAAAGAUGAACAGGUUGCUGUUGGAAUAACUAGACGCUUUUCUAUAGCAGCUAUCUCCAACAAUGACUUGAGAAACAAUAGCAACUCAGGAAUUCGUGCUAUAUUUGUCUUCGACAAAGGUGAAUUUCCUAAACAGUUCAUUGAUGGAUUAUCUGCUAAGUUCAAGCUUUUGAAAGUACUUGAUUUUGAGAAUUCUUUGUUGAAUUGUAUUCCUGAUAACUUGGGAAAUCUUUACCUCCUAAGGUACUUGAACCUGAGUCAUACAAAAGUUACGGUACUUCCGAGAUCCAUUGGUAAUCUAGUCAACUUAGAAACCUUGGAUCUAAGGCAAACAAAAGUGCAUGAAUUACCAAAAGAGAUAAACAUGCUCACAAAGCUAAGGCUUCUUCCUGUUUAUUAUAGAAAAUAUGAAGGUCAUUAUUCUAUUUUGAACUUUACAGAUGGUGUGAAAAUGCAAGAGGGUAUUGGAUGUUUGAUAUCUUUACAAAAGCUUUACUUUUUGGAAGCAGAUCAUGAUGGAAUAGACCUUAUCCGAGAGCUCAAAAGGUUGACACAGUUAAGGAAGUUAGGCAUAAGAUGCGUACAGCAACAACAUGGAAACGAAUUAUGCGAUGCAGUACAAGAGAUGAAACAUCUUGAAUCUCUCAACAUUACUGUUAAAAAUGAGAAUGAUAUCCUUGACUUGGAUUUUGUAUCAACUGAUCCACCACCUAAUCUUAGAGUUCUCAACUUGAAAGGUAGAUUAACAAAGUUUCCUAAUUGGAUUCCAAAACUCCAAUAUCUUGUGAAGUUAAGGCUUGGUUUAUCUAACUUCGAAGAUGAUCCACUAGACUCUUUGAAGAAUUUACCUAAUUUGUUUAGGCUGAAUUUGUGGGAUGAUGCCUUUUCUGGUGAAAUACUGCAUUUUAAGAAAGGAGGGUUUCCAAAGCUGAAGGAGUUGGAUCUCACAAGAUUAAAUAAACUAAGUUCUAUAUCUAUAGACAAAGAUGCUUUAGUUAAUCUUGAACACUUCAGAUUUAAAAACAACCCUCAAUUGAAGGUUGUACCAGAAGACCUCCAAAACUUGAUAAACCUUCAAUUCCUUGGAUUUGCUGAGAUGCCAGUUGAACUAGUUGAUAGCAUUGAUCCUGAAAAAGGUGGAACGCACCAUUGGAUUAUCAAUCAUAUUCCCCUCGUACAAAUUCGUCAGAAUGUGGGAUCAAAAUUUCACGACUAUAUGUUGUACCGCAUUCCUACUCAAAUCAAUGUUUGAAAUAUCAAGAUUCAGGUUGUCUAUCAUGCAGCUCACAUGAAGAUGCACUUUGUCUUUCUUCAUUAUGUUAGACCGAAACUGAAUGUGGCAGUUUGUAUGUUUUCAUCGUUAUGUCAGUUAUGUUUUAAUAAUUGAGUCAGUUAUAUGUUUUAAGAAUAAAUAGGAGAAGAGCCGGAAACAUAGAGGGUUAUCUCGAAGUUAUUGAGUGGUCAGUGGGAGAGAUCCAACUCUCGAACAUUUGGGAAGCUCUCGAAUCUUGGUGUGUAUGUGUUCUUGUAAUUAUUUGUAAACGUUAUGUCAUUAUUGUAUUGUGUAUGCAACCUGGUUUUGAAUUAUUCUGCCAGAAUUGUCAUUAAUAAAGUGUUCGUAUUGUGCAAA